AGACAGUAGUCUUGGAAAUAUUUUUUUACGUAUUGACAGAUAUUUAAUUUUUAUCAUUAAGUACAAGAUGAAAAUGUACUGUAUUUUCUGAUUAGCUAAAUUUGUAAUGAAAUAAGUUUCGGCGUCGAUAUAGGCAAUGGCUUUUACGUUGUCCCUGUGGAAUCUCUUUGAAACAUCUUUGCUGUGUCUCAACGCUUACACCAUAAUCAACGAUGAAAGAUUUUUCACCAGAUUUGACGAGGAAAAGUCCAAUAAAAGUUUCAAAAACGAAUUCGAUGAUACUCACUUGUACAGUUUCGUUCAUUCAAUGACGACUGUAUCUAAAUAUCCGAUUAUAUUUUUGAAUUUGAUAACGGCAUUAAUUAAAUUAAUUCUUGGUUCCUGAAAAAAUAAUUUAAUAUUUA